GGUUGUGUUUAUUUUUAUUAUUUGAAGAAAAAAAUUGGCGUUUUAAAAUAUUUAGAGAAAUAAACUAAUAAUUUAAACAAUAAUAGUCGGUUUUUUGUGUAAAUUAGCAAGAAAAAAAAUAUCAUGGCAUCUCAACGAGCACGACGUUCAAAUGCCGGUAAUAGAAUUGCAAAAUUGUUAGACAAUGAGGAGGAGGAUGACUUCUAUAAAACCUCCUAUGGUGGCUUCCAAGAAGAAGAAGAGGAUAAAGAAUAUGAACAAAAGGACGAGGAGGAAGAUGUUGUGGAUUCUGACUUCAGUAUCGACGAAAAUGACGAACCCGUUUCAGAUCAUGAUGAUGAAGAAGGCAAAAAGCGUAAACGUACUGGUGUUAACACUAAAGCGUAUAAAGAACCAAAACCUGUGAAAAAAGAUGAAAAAAAUGCAACGAGUCCAGUCAAAAAGAAAGCUACUAAAGUACUUAAAAGAAAAGUACGUCCAAAAUUUACAGUGCUCGAUUCAGCCCGAAAGUCAAUUAGAGCCUCUACUGCCAUUAAGACACAAGCGACAAAAAUUCGUCUAAAAGAAAUGGAUGAUGCUCGGAAAAAAAAGAAGAAAGUGAAAAAACUAGAGGAAUACAUGCCAACGCAGGAGGAACUUUUAGAAGAGGCAAAAAUAACGGAGGAAGAGAAUAUUAAAUCAUUGGAAAAAUUUCGAAAAUUGGAAUUGGAGAAAAAGAAAACCCGCCCUACAAAGCGAAUUUUUAGUGGUCCAAUGAUACGCUAUCAUUCUAUGACAAUGCCAGUUGUUCGUAAACAUACUCGAGGUUAUAGUGCUCCCCAUGAUCCUAAUGAUCCAAAAUCAAAAUGUGAACGAACAUUUAUUUCCUUGGAAAACGACUUGGAUGAAAAAGUUUUUCAGAAUAUAUUCAAAUCAAAAAGGCUACAACGAAACUCAGGCUAUCUAUGUCCAAUUACAAAAUUACCCGCUCGCUACUUUGAUCCUGUAACUCAACAGCCGUAUUACAGUAUACAGGCUUUUAAAAUCCUACGAGAAGCUUACUAUAUGCAGCUAGAGGAUCGGGGUAAUACCGAAAAUCCGGAAAUGCAAAAAUGGCUUGACUGGCGUAAAACGAUUAAAGAGAAUCGUUUAAAAGCCGUAGCUAAUAAAAUAAACAAUUCAUAAUUUUUGCUCAAAUAGGCUCCAUUAAAAAAAUCAUCCAACAUAAUGUAAGUUUUGUUUUCUAAUAAUUUUUAUUUUUUAUAUUUUGAAUAUCAUUACUUAUUUCAUAUUUAUAACUCACACAACAUAUAGUGCAAAAAACAUUUAACAUUUAUAUAAACUAUAUAAAAUCUACAAAAAAAUAAAUAGGUUUAAUUUGACUCUUCUUUACUUAAAAUGUUUAUGUUCGAUUUUGGAAAUUAUUCAUUCUAUAUAAUAUAAUAGAUGAAAAUCAAUUAGAUAUAUAAGUAAAAAUUGUUUUCAUAAUUUUAGGUUUUAAUUAUAUUACUUCAAUAUAUAAUUUAUAUUAAAAUUAAAGAAUGUAAUCUUUGACAUCUA